AUGGCGUCGGCAUUUCACCGAUGCCAGUACUGUGGCUACGAGACGGAUCUCUCUGGGAAUCUGGCAGUGUUUGAGGAGGACCCACACUGCAGACAGUGCGGACUAUCGGCAUCCGAGAGCGACAUCAAGAUGCAGGACGACCUGAUCAAUAUGAUGACCAGAAACCUUCAGCUUAGCUCUUUGCCGCCCCAACCCGACAUGUCCACGCCGCCUACUCCUCAGGUCAUCCCGCAGUCGCCACCAAUCGCGUACAUUACCCAGCAUUAUCACCAUUCUUCACAUCAGGUACAGUCACACGAUAUCGCGGUAUCGACAGCUCUCGAGCAGUUAGGAAUCAAUGCUUCAGCACUGUUUCCGUCUCAGUUGCAGUUGUUCAAGGAUGCAGAUUCCGAGAAAAGAUCAAGACUGAUAGAGCUAUGGCGUAUAGCGCCUCCAAGCUGGGGACCACAAAUGCAGCCAGAUGAAUUUGGGAAUUUGCCUCAGACUAGCAUGGAAAAGGAAGAGAUGAUUGCAAGGAACUGCCUGCAAAUUGCUGAACAAGAGAGGCUGAAGAACUUGCCUGUCUUACCUGGAUAUGAAAAACGAGCAGCUGAACCUUACAUGGUGCAUGGCUAUACUACGAUGGAUGAUGACAGCACCCCCACGAGGGAUAUGGAGUACAAACCAUCGAAUGAUCCAGCGUACAAUAGUCGUGAAUGGUGGCAUUUGUCGGCUGAAGAACCUAUGGAGCAUCAAUAUGGCAUGCUUCAGCAAAUGUGGGGGUAUGGUUUCGAUUAUUCGCCAGCAGGGAAAAGAAAUGAUGGAGAUGCAGAAAUGUCCUAA